AUUCCACCCCCGUUUCUACGUGUUUCCGCCAAGAUGGUGGCUGGAGCGUUUCCCAUCGCUAAAUUGCUGUACCUUGGAGUCCGGCAGCUCAGUAAACCCUUGGCUAACCGUAUUAAGGCUGGUGCUCGCCGGAGUGAAUUCUUCAAACACUACGUAUGCCUACCACCGGCUCAAGUUUACCACUGGGUGGAGAUGAGCACCAAGAUGAGGAUCAUGGGCUUCCGCGGUGCACACAUUAAGCCGCUGAAUGAAGAGGUCGCGGCUGAACUUGGGGCGGAGCUCCUGGGCGAAGCCAUCAUCUUCUUUGUGGGCGGGGCCUGCAUCAUCGCCGAGUACAGCCGGCAGGCCUCCAACUCUCGGCGCAAGGAGGAGGAGCUGAACAGCACACUGCAGAGCCUGCAGCAGCAAGUCGCCGAGUUGUCGCUCGUCACGGAGACUUUGGACGCACAACUGAGGGAAGUCAAUAGACUCGUCCUCACCAACUCUGGCAAGAAAUGAGCCCCCAGACACCUGUCACCAUGUAUGCAUCCUGCCUGAGAUAGGGGGGGAAAAAAAAGUUUUUUUUGUCAAGCGUGUCGGCUUGUGGAGGGCAGACAGGCAGAGCAGGGUUAGUGUGCAGAAUGGCCAAAAAUGUCAGUAUUUGUUUUGCCUACCUUUGGUCUAAUCGCACAUUUCCCAAUUACUAAGACUUGUUUGCAGUGAAAAUGUCCCAUUUCUGCUUCACAUACCAUUAAAUGCCCACCGGAUGAGCUCUGGAGCUGUCGUACCCUCUUCCUGCUUAUUCCAAGGAACAAAAAAUACGAAUGAAUAACGCAUCAGGUUUGGUUACAAAGGGGCACCAAGAAGCUGUUAGGGGUGUGGGCUUUAGGGGCUUGAGAUUGGUGGGCAUUUGGAGUGUCCUCUUCCAUCCCUGCUGUUGGGAAUAAUUACCAAAAUAUAUGGAAAAAGUAGGAGGAAAAAAGUCACACCAUCUGCCAAUUACAUUUCAACGGUUGGCACCAUUAAUUCCCUUUUGGGUCAUCCCGUUGAACUUGGCUCUACUUAAAUUGCUCUCUUAAAAAUGGCUUUGUCUUUAAAUUCGCUCCAGAUUUUUGGCUUAAUAAAAAAGGACAUGGCUGGAUGAA